UCUGUUUUGUUAAACGUGGGGAAAACGCGCAGGUGAAGUUAAAAUUUCUUACAUUUUAGUUUUAAUGCAUAAUAUUUUGGCCCUACGAAUAAAAUUAAAGUUCCGCUGUUUCUGUGCUACAAUGAUUCUCAUAUUCUAGUGUUUUUAUCAAUAGAAUGGCUUCAACUUAUGUCCAGGCGGGAACUGGAACCGUCAGUAACGAGUGUCGCAUGUUGAUCAAUGUGGCCCGGUACUACGAUGUGAUAUCCAAAAUUGUCACCAUUCUGGAUGAAUUGACCAUCUCACUGAUAGGAACAUCCGAUAUACUACACGUUACCCAUCAACCCGAAACCAAAUCGAUUAUCAUCAGUUACGGUGAGACAGAAGAAUUGAAACCAGACUGCAACCCGGAAGAAGUUCCAGCAGAGCACGUACUAUUGACGUCCGAUGAGAUUGUAGAGGAAGAAGUUGUUGCGGCAACUGUGGAGGAGCUGCAAGAAGACGUUAUCAUCGAGGAGCAAGUUGGUGACGAUUUUAUUUAUGUCGAAGAUGAUCAGCUUGCCUCCGAGGAUAUUACGGAAGCAGCUGAUGAUAUUCAAGUUGAUGUUUUUGAUCUUGUGAAGGACGAAGAUGAUCAGUUGGUAGGUUUUGAGCACAGUCAAUUUGAGUUAGAAGAUAACCAAAAUGAGGAGCGAUCGGAGAUCUCGGAAUAUUUAGUGGAAUACCUACAUGAUGCUCAGGAAGUAGAGCAGGAAGAAGAUGAGCCGCCUGAAGCAGAAUGUUUGGAACAGUUCAUUAGUAAUGAACCAACAAUUAUUCCUGAAAGCCUAUUCGUUGCUCGGUACAAAUGUCAAUUUAUCAAAUGUAAUAAGCAAUUUAUGUUUGCCAAAAAAUAUGAUGGUCAUCUUCGAAAAGAUCAUCCGGGAGUUGUACCCAAACCCAUUCAAUUGCAGUGCAAGUACAUUGAUUGCAAUCAAACGUUUGACGACACGUACAAACUCUAUGUUCACCAUAAGAAACAUAAAAUCCAACAGCAUAAAUUAAACGACAAAAUUUCACUGCAUUGUCCGUUUUGCCAAGAGACAUUCACUUCAAAAAUUGCACUUAAAAAACAUGCAAAAGAACACGGCCAGGAUUUUCCAUUGAAAACUCCCAAGCAGAACCUCAAACGAAAAUGUCAGAUUUGUGACGAGGUUCUUGAUUCGAAAAUCAAUGUUUACAACAUUCAUUGCUUGAAGGCGCAUGGUCAAGCUCUCUACAAUUGUUUUAUCUGCGGGAAGGAAUAUUUCCUUCUGGCACAUGCCAGUGAGCACAUUAAAGCCGAUCACAGUAUCGAUUCGGUACAAUCAGCGAUCACCUCAUCUUUGUGGAGAACGUUCGUUAUCGAUGACGUCAACAUUAAUGAGUGUCGCAUGUGCUUCCGAUUAUUUGCAUCCCCCAAAGCAGAACAGCAACACCAAGAAAGUCACAUCAAAGAACUGUCACUCACUUGUGCCAUCUGUGGUGGAAAGCAUUACGAAAGUCAAUGCACUGAGCCGAGGCCAAAAUUUACCUCCGUCUACGAAAAAGUGCAGUGUGACCAAUGCCAAAAAUGGAUGUCAAAGAAGAACAUCAAAGAUCACAAGGCAACACACACCGGCGAGCGGAACUAUCCCUGUACGGUGUGUAAGAAAACAUUUAAAGUACAACGGACAGCGCAUCGGCACAUCCAGAAUCACAUUAACGCGGAGAAUAGGCUACGAAAAUGCUACGACUGUGAGCAAGAGUACACCGAUGAGGAUUUCCUUGUUGAGCACUACGAGCAAAAACACCCGGAAAAACGUCCCUUCAAUUGUUUGAUCUGCGAUGAAGGAUUCUUCCACAAAGCCCAGCUAGGAGAUCAUUCGCACCGACAUUCGGACGAGGAGCGGCGACGGGUAUCGGUGAAAAAUCCAGUGGAGCAUUACCAGAUACGAAACGCCCGGGUUUACGAGUGUACGCUGUGUCGGAGAAGCUUUUCGGCCAAACGGACCACGGUUGCCCACUUUAUCGUACACACGGACCGGCCGUUCACGUGUGAACACUGUAAGAUGUCGUUUAGGACGAAGCCGGCACUGGAAGAUCAUCUGCUCGAUGUGCACAAAAUUAAAUAGUCACAAUUGAAACUAGA